AUGCAGAUUUUGAGACAUAUCACUGUAGAUAACCUUCGUCAAGCAGCAAGAGAAGAGGCUGCAAAGAUGUCUAUAAGUAACAGGGCCAUGCGCUUGCUGAAGAAACAUAUUCAUGCUGUGGGUGGAUGGGUUAUGGAAUCUGAUCAAGCAUGUUAUCAGCUCAGGUCGAAGAUAUGGUCUACAUCCAUUUACCUAUCACCACGAACCCUGUGGAUGACGAUCAAUCCUGAUGACUUACAUGAUCCUAAUUUGCUGGGAAGCGCAUUGACAUGA